CUUCCCGCUAUAAAGGCGGCCCGCCGCGCUGCGCUCCACCACGCCUCUUCUGAGCGCCCAGCCACCUCUCUGCAACCGUCUCCGGACUCCAGCUACCGCUUCUUCUCGCCAUGGAUCCCGACUGCUCCUGCGCCACCGGUGGCUCCUGCUCGUGCGCCGGCUCCUGCAAAUGCAAAGCCUGCAGAUGCACCUCCUGCAAGAAGAGCUGCUGCUCCUGCUGCCCCGUGGGCUGUGCCAAGUGCGCCCAGGGCUGCAUCUGCAAAGGGGCAUCGGACAAGUGCAGCUGCUGCGCCUAAUGUCCGGGAGAGCCCGUCCCCGAUGUAAAUAGAGCAACGUGUACAAACCUGCAGGGUUUUUUGGGUUUUU